AUGCGGUAUCAAGGCUGAAAAUGAGAUAACCACACUUUACGCAAAUAGGCAGAAGUUAAAGAGCGUUCGUGCGUGUUGGGAAGUAAGGAUAUGUAGGAAAAUAAAGUAGGUUAUGUGUGCGUUUGUUAUCGGCUUGUAGUGUAGCUUAUAAACAACUCACAGACAACGGGCAGUUGCCAAAGUGAAAGGUGUUAAUGACAGAAAGGUGAUAAUAUCUGCUCGUCCUCCAGCAGGGUUGCAAGAAUACGAAAGGCCACCAUGCAUAUCCAGAUGGCUGCUCGCUUCUUGUUGGUGCGCAGCUCUCCCAGCAGGGUCAUUUCAGUGAGCCAGACAAGGCAUCUCUCUACCAAAGCUGCACAGUCUGUUGAACUGACUUCAGAAAGAUACCCAGAUGUCAGAAGAGGAAAUUUUAGUAAACUCAAUCCAGGGCAUAUUAGUUUCUUUGAGAGCAUUCUAGGGAAAAACCGUGUCUUAACUGAUCGAGCUGAUGUAGAGAGUUACAAUGUGGACUGGAUGAAGAUGGUUAGAGGAGCUAGUGAAGUUGUAUUAAAACCAAAGACAACAGAAGAAGUUUCCAAAAUUUUGAAGUUCUGCAAUGAGGAGAACUUGGCUGUUUGUCCUCAAGGGGGCAAUACUGGUCUUGUAGGAGGAAGUGUCCCAGUUUUUGAUGAAGUUAUUCUCUCUACUACCCUUAUGAACGAAAUAAUAAGUAUUGAUGAAGUUUCAGGUGUCCUUGUUUGUCAAGCUGGUUGUAUCUUAGAAGUUCUGGAUAAUUAUUUAUCAGAAAGAGGUCUUAUCAUGCCUCUUGACUUAGGAGCCAAAGGCAGCUGUAACAUUGGAGGAAAUGUUUCUACUAAUGCUGGAGGCAUAAGGCUCAUACGUUAUGGAAGUUUACAUGGUAGCGUACUUGGUAUUGAAGCUGUGAAAGCUGAUGGAGAGGUCAUUGAUUGCCUGAGUACUCUUAAGAAAGAUAAUACAGGUUACCAUUUGAAACAUUUAUUUAUUGGAUCUGAAGGAACUUUAGGUGUUGUGACUAAGGUAGCCAUACAUUGCCCACCAGCCCCAAAAGCUAUCAACCUUGCUUUUCUAGGUUUACAAACUUUUGAAGAUGUUCUUAAAACACUCCAACUUGCAAAACACUCGCUUGCUGAAAUUUUGUCAUCUUGUGAAAUGAUGGAUAACCCAACAAUGCAGGCAGUUACACAGAAUCUGAAACUUAAGUGUCCUGUAGAGGAAUAUCCAUUCUACAUGCUGAUAGAAACUUCAGGCAGUGACUCAAAACAUGAUGAAGAGAAAUUAUCAAAAUUCUUGGAGGAGGCUAUGUCAAGCAACUUGGUCCGUGAUGGGACGCUCACCAGUGAACCUUCCAGAAUCAAGCAAUUAUGGCAGCUGCGUGAGCGUGUGGCAGAAGGACUAGUACAUGAUGGAUAUGUCUACAAAUAUGAUAUCUCAUUACCAUCUAAGAUGUUCUACGCUGCUGUUCCCAAAGUAGCAGAAAUGUUGAGAGAGACAAAAGCUAUGAGAGUGACUGGAUACGGACAUGUUGGUGAUGGAAAUUUGCAUCUCAAUGUGACUUCCAAGCAGUAUGAGCAUGAUCUUGACUCUCUAAUAGAGUCAUAUGUUUUCAAAUGGACAUCACAGGUACGAGGAAGUAUAUCGGCAGAACAUGGUAUUGGCUUCAAGAAACCAAAGGUAAUGCAUUAUUCCAAGUCACAGAGUGCCAUUGGGUUAAUGCAGCAGAUAAAGAAACUUAUGGAUCCCAAAGGCAUUUUAAAUCCGUACAAGGUGCUUCCAGAAUGAGCUGAGCUAGGCAGACAGUAUCCUCAUGUUUUUGUGAAAUGUUUUCAGAUAUACUGAUUCACAUUUAUAUAACAACCUGAAAAUAUCUUUUAAUGUGUGCGGUUAAUUUUUAUUUAACUAAGACCUAUAAAAAAAAUUCUGAUUCAAUUGUGUGAAUAGUGAAUACCAUUGACUGAAGAAAACAAAGGAACUUACCAACAAUAAAAUCAAAGAUUUUGUAAUGAGAUAAGUACUUAAACAGCAAUGCUGUUUCUUCUGAGGUUGCUGUCAUAUUUAUUUUAUUAAGACCAUUUAUGACAGAAGCAGAAGAGAUGAUGUUGCUUGCAAUAAAUGCACUUAUGUUUUGAUAAGACCAAUUUAUAUUUGAGAAUUUUAUUCUGGAGAAAUGAAAUGAACUGUAACAAAUAACUAGUACAAAAGAUGUUCUUACUAGUUAAAGUGAUUCUUUAGACACAAGUGGUACAUUCUAUAACCCCUGAAGAAGUGUAAGAAUGAAUAUGCAAUAAUGAUCACUGAUAAGAAUUAUAUCUAUUAUUUACAACUAGAUUUAAAUUGUUAUUUGCUCAAAUAAUAGCAUAUUUACAAAAUAGUAAUAAUAGUCCUGAAAGUAUUGUUCAGUGAAACAAAUAAAUAUUUUGGGGGACACAGUGUCAAAAUUCACUUUCAUAAAAAGGAUACUUACUCAUAAAUAAUGUCUAAGCUAGUCAUUUCGUGUAUCUUUGCUGUUAAUCAUCAUUGAUAAUCAACUAAGACUGUUAGUAGCAUUUUGUUUAUGAAUGCACUUACUCCUGAGAACAUGUAUAUUGUAAACAUACAAAGUGAAAUAUUUAAUUUUAUAUCAUGUAUAU